CCACUGGUGGCCGUGCUCAUCUGCCAUUGGCCCGCAGUCGAUAUUAAUUGCCGCCCGAGUAUGAUUGUGCUCGUUUUGCGGCGUUGUGCUGCUGCGACUUGCUGCUGUCACCUUUCAUCCGGGGGCGCCGUGAUUAUUGAUGCUGCGUCGGCCAUGAUGCAAUGUGGCAAAGUCGAGGGAACUGCCGACGAACAUAUGAUUGACGGGUCACCGUCUGGCUAUCAGCGCCACUUCGACCUUUGCGCACGCUAGAAAAAAAGAAACCGCCAAAUAGACUGUUGCAGGCUAACGGAUGUCUGAGACGUGGGUGGGAGUGAUAAGCGCACACGCGUCCGAUUGGAGCUGUACGCUCAACGGCAGCGCCUUGCGUUGGCCGUUGCGUGACUCGGGCUCUUGCAUGAUGAUUCGUGGACAGACUCGAGAAAAGAUUAAGAAUAGGAAACAAUGCAAGGAGCGCCGAUCGCACCAACAAGAAUAUUGGGUUAUCGAUUACGACGACGCUGUCGAUAAGCCGGAUAAGUCUGGCUGCUGGCUUCUGACUCGGACAUGUAUCACAUUGGUGAAAUUUGAACCUUGCCGAGGCGCAAGGAAGCGCAGCGUGGGGCUGCUCCCCGGACACAUACAUGGUGUGAGGUUUCACAUGAACGACUCUGGGCUAAAGAUAGAAUGGGAACAUACCACUCUACUCCGUACGCAAGGGCUGUCAUCUGUCAUAUUCAAUGGCCUUUUAUUAUUAAUAACUUCUUUUUUAUCAUCAUUCUUACUCUUAUUGCGAUUCGCACAAGAGGUUGAAUAGCCCUGAGCCAACAGCCUGGUCCGCCGGGCCGGUAGGACGGUGCUCUCGCGAGUGUUGGUGACACUAGCACGAUUUGAAAUAAUAAAC